GAUGUCAAGGACUAUAUGUUGACCGGCCUGAAGGAUCAGACGGUGGGACGGCUGCCAGACAAAGUAGCCGGUGAACAGUUCGUCAUCCAAGACUGUGAGAAUUGCAACUUGUACAUUUUUGACCACUCGGCCACCAUCACGAUCGACGACUGCACCAACUGCAGGAUAUUCCUGGGGCCCAUCAAGGGCAGCGUGUUUUUCCGCGACUGCAAGGACUGCAAGUGCAUCGUGGCCUGUCAGCAGUUCCGCACUCGCGACUGCAAACGGAUGGACUUCUUCCUGUGCUGUGCCACCCAGCCCAUCAUUGAGUCGUCCACUGGCAUGAGGUUCGGCUGUUUCCGGUACUACUACCCAGAGCUGGCCUUCCAGUUCAAGGACGCCGGCUUGAGCAUCUUCAACAACAACUGGAGCAACAUCCACGACUUCACCCCUCUCGACAACGAGGAGAACUGGAGCUUGCAGCCCGAGGACAUGGCCAUUCAGGAUUUCGUCCCGUUGCCCGACAUCGAGGAGCUGAAGUCGGUUCGCAUCUCCAUGGACCUGAACAGAAGCAUCGUGCCGGUCACCUGCGGGCAGAAGCAGAAGUGCAACGACGAGUCGUGCUUGGUUGUGUUCUUUGCCGGCGAUUACACCACGGCUAAUGCCAGGAAGCUGAUUGACGAGAUGACUGCGAAGAAGUUUGUGCUCGUGCAGACAAAAGAGAUUGUCCUGAACACCGAUGACGCCAACCGAGUAUUUCAGCAGAAAGCAGGGGAAUUUACCUCGCUACUCGAGAAAGGGCCUGUGGUUGCCUUAGAGUUUAACGGGGAAGGUGCAGUGGAGACAUGCCAGUCUGUGGUUGAUUCUAUGUUCAGCAGUUGCGAGAUUUUUGUCUCAGAAAACAAGGCGUCAGCAGCUCAAGAUGUGGACAAUUUCUAUAACUUCGCCAAUAUGCACAUGGGAAUGUGAAGCCCCGCCAAGUGUGAAAGCAUAACACUGGCGUAUGUGAACAGCUACAAGAGUAGAAUAUUUAGCUUUGAAAUAUCUCGUAGUAUUGUGAGUAAACGGGUGUUUUUAAAAUUAAGACUUGGGGUUGAAAAGUAUUCAUCGGGGACAACAGCAAUAUAACUGGGGGCUUGUGUGUGAAUGUGCGCCCGGGCACAUGAAACAUGUGUCCUGUGGGGAGCCCUCAUUUAUAUCUCACCACCUCUGAACAAUCUGAGAACUGUUUGGAGCCUUUUGGGCAGGUGGGGGUGGUCAGCCGUGUGUCUGACACGUGUGGAAACCCAU